GCGCGGGCUGCGCAAGGGGCCGCUCUAGGCCAGCAGGGGGCGUGGCGCUCGGAGUACCGCGGCUUCCAGCGCCGGAGCCAUGAGCGAGACAGGGCCGGCCGGGCGCUGCGGGGCGCUUCUCACUUGGCUGCAGACGUUUCAUGUUCCAUCUCCAUGUGCCAAGGAACAGGAUUUGGCCAGCGGGGUCACGAUUGCCCAGGUGCUGCACAAAAUAGACCCAUCUUGGUUCAAUGAAACCUGGCUCCUGAGGAUUAAAGAUGAUGCCGGUGACAACUGGAGGCUGAAGGUGAGCAACUUGAAGAAGGUCCUGCAGAGUGUGGUGGAAUACUCCCAGGAUGUCCUGGGCCACCAAGUCCCGGAGCAGCUGCUGCCUGAUGUAGCUCUGGUUGGAGAACUGUCUGACACUGCUGAGCUGGGCAAGCUACUGCAGCUGGUGCUGGGCUGUGCCAUCAGCUGUGAGAGGAAGCAAGAUCACAUCCAGCAGAUCAUGACCCUGGAGGAAUCUGUGCAGCAUGUUGUUAUGACAGCAAUACAGGAGCUCUUAAACAAAGAUUCAUCGGACACACUGAGCUCAGAGACUUAUGGGAACUUUGACAGCCAGUCCAGGAAGUAUUACUUCCUCAGUGAUGACCUAGAGGAGACGGAUGACAUGCGCCAGCGCUGCCAUGACCUAGAGCAGCAGAUCUCCAUCCUGGUGGAAGAAAAGAAUACUUUGGCACUAGAGAACAAGAGUCUCCGGGAGCAGAAAAGCUCCCUUGAGUCAGAUGCUGCUGGGCUCACUGGCAAGAAGUUGCUUCUGCUUCAAACCCAGAUAGAGCAGCUGCAAGAGGAGAACUUCCGGCUGGAAAGCAGCAGAGAUGACUUCCGAGUGCGCUGUGAAGAUCUCGAAAAGGAAGUGCUGGAGCUUCAACACCGCAAUGAGGAGCUGACCAGCCUGGCUGAGGAAGCCCAAGCACUGAAAGACGAGAUGGAUGUGUUGCGUCACUCCUCAGACAAGGUGGGACGGCUGGAGGCUAUGGUGGACUCCUACAAGAAGAAGCUGGAAGACCUGGGUGACCUGCGGCGGCAGGUUCGGCUGCUUGAGGAAAGAAACACCGUCUACAUGCAGCGCACUUGUGAGCUGGAGGAGGAGCUUCGGCGUGCGAAUGCUGUCCGUGUGCAGCUGGAGGCACAUAAGAGACAGGUGCAAGAGCUCCACAGCAAACAUGCAGAUGAGGCUUUGAAGGCAGAGAAAUGGCAGUUUGAGUUCAAGAACCUCAAGGAGAAGUUUGAGGCCCUGGUCAAAGAAAAAGAGAGGCUGAUUGAAGAGCGGGAUGCCUUACGGGAAGCCAAUGAAGAACUGCGAUGUGCUCAGGUGCAGCAGAAAUUCCUAAACCAAGCAGAUACCAUCCUAGAAGAAAUUGCCUCUCCUGUGGAUAAUUUAGCAGCUGAGAUUAUGCCAGCAGAACUCAAGGAGACCAUUGUGCGGCUGCAGCAUGAGAACAAGAUGUUAUGUGCACAAGAGCUGUCCUAUCGGCUGCAGCAGACUGAAUUGCAGGGGCUGCUGGAGGAAUCUAACCGUACUAAGAACCAGCUAGAGGCACAGCAAAGACUGAGCCAGCAACAGAUCACUGAGCUCAAGGUGCAAGUAGAGGAGCUGCAACGGGCCCUCCAGGAGCAAGGAAGCAAAGCAGAAGAUGCCAUUUCUUCUCUCCUACAGAAGAAGCUGGAGGAGCACCUAGAGAAAUUGCAUGAGGCCCAUGCAGAGCUUCAGAAGAAGAAGGAAUGCCUUGAUGAAUUGGAGCCAAAAGUGGACAGCAACACUGCCAAGAAGAUUGAUGAACUGCAGCAGUCUUUGAAGAAGAAAGAUGAAGAUAUGAGAGCCAUGGAGGAACGAUACAAGCGUUAUAUGGACAAAGCCUGCACAGUCAUCAAGAAGCUGGAUCCCAAGCAGCAGCCUCAUGGAGUUCCACUGGAGAUCCAGGCUUUGAAAAACCAGCUGCAUGAAAAGGAUAAGAAAAUCAACCACCUGGAGUCGGAUUUUGAGAAGACAAAAUCUCAGCAGGAACAAGAAGAGAAACUCAUCAUCACUGCUUGGUAUAACAUGGGCCUGGCGCUGCACCAGCGGGCUACAGAGGAGCGGUCAUCCACCUCUACACCAGUCCAGUCCUUCUUGGCCCAGCAAAGAUUGGCCACCAAUACUCGACGGGGCCACCUGAGCCGAGCUCAACCCUUGCUGCUUCGAUACGUUGGUACAGACAAACCUCAGUUGUCCUGAUCUGGAAAAGCUGUCCUGUGGAUCUUCUAGAGAAUGCUCACUUCCCAGGGGGGAGUGAAAUCGGAAUACCUGUUAUGCAGUGGUACUUCCUCUGGAAACCCCCAUUUUAUCCCUAUUGUUGAAAUUCAUUCUCUGAUACUAAAGAUUAUUCCUAUGCCCAA